AUGACAAUUGAAGAUAAACGACAUAAGUAUAGUAUCGAAGAACUUCGUGAUAAACGAUCAGAACCUUCGGCACAAGAAGUACCAACUGGCCUUGAAAAAUUUUCUGAUAUUUACAUUGUAAAAUCACUUGAUCCAUAUAACACAUUUAUACGUGAAAUUAGAUUAAUAUUAAAUAAAUUAACACCGCAAACUUAUGAUAAAUUAUUACAAAAACUUGAUAAACUUGAACUUGAUGGUUAUGAACGUUUGCAAGGAAUGAUAGAUAUAUUUUUCUUUAAAGCAGUUGAAGAACCAAAAUUUUGUUUCAUGUAUGCUAGUUUAUGUAAACAUUUUCAAAAAAAACACGUUACCGUAUCUAGUCAAGAUGGUCAAACAGUAACAUAUUAUUUUCGACAAGUAUUACUAGCACGUUGUCAAACUAAAUUUGAAACUGAUUAUCGACAGGAUAUUGAUUAUGAUAGACGAAGAAAAGAAGUUGAUGCUAUUAUAGAUGAAAAACAUCAAAAGGAAGAAGCAGAAAAUUUAGAAGAAGCUUUAUUUAAAGCCAAACGACGACAUUUUGGAAAUAUUCUUUUUAUUGGUGAAUUAUUCAAAUUAGGAAUGUUGACAGAACCAAUUAUGUUUGACUGUAUGGACUAUUUUCUCCAAGGCAAACCUGAUGAAGAAAAUCUUGAAUGUUUAUGUAAACUUUUACGUGCUAUUGGCAAAGAACUUGAUAACAAAGUCACCGAUAAGACACAAAAUCGAAAAAAAUUGGAAAACAAUUACAGUGAAUUAGAAAAUAUUGUUACACAACCACAAAUAUCAGCACGUACACGAUUUAUGAUUCAAGAUCUGAUGGAUUUAAGAAAAGCUAAUUGGGUUGCUCGUAUUCCUGAAGUAAAACCAAUGACAAUUGAUGAAAUUCAUAAUCAAGAACGUAAUGGUCUACAACAUCAAGACCAAUAUCAAAAUAAUGGAGGUAGUGGUAAUAAUUCACAACAAUAUACUGUACCGUAUGGCAAUCGUGAUAAUGGUAUAAAACAACAAUCAAAUAGAAUAAAUGAGGAACAAAAUGAGAGAUGUUUUAAUGCUAACCCAGUACGACAAUAUCAAACGGAUGAUAAACAAAAUCCAGUAACAACAUUAAAUCUUGUACCACAAUGCGCAUGGUUUAAAGCAUCAACAAUUGAAAAGAAACCUGAAGAUAAUCGUGCAAAUAUGAAUCGCUAA